UCCCACCCCGCAGCAACAGAGUGAAAUUAGGCCAAAGCUGCUGGAAAAUCGCGCACUUGGCAACAAGCAACAGCAGCAGAGAUAACGAUAACGGGGAAUUUUAAAUGCGUCGUUCACUGUUACUCUUAUAUGUUGUGCAAUAGAUGUAUGUGACUAAUUUCGUCUCUACAAAAGCAUUGUGAAAGCAUCCCAUCCAAGCGAUUUAUUCAACAGCUUCUAUUCAGUUACAGGAUCAAGAUGGUAGACACAAAAGAAGAUAACCAGCCACUUUAUGCCACUGAGCAAAACACAAAAUUCAUCUGGUCACCAAAGGGGAUAAUUUUAGCUCUUGAAAUUGCUCUGUGUGCCAUUGUGACUAUAUGUAAAACAGUUUCCUCUGAAUGCUACUUUUGGGACUGCAUUACAGAGCUGGUCUGGGCCAUUCUCAUAUUCAUCGUUUAUGUCAUCGACCUACCUACCUACCCGCACCUAUCGCUGAUGUAUUUCCAAUGGCUGGACUUAUUCAGAGCAAUCACAGGAUCUCUCCUCCUUCUUGUUACUUCUCUUAUCGGUCUUAGCCGGGGAUGGCAAAGUUCCGGGGAAGUUGCUGGUUCGAUUUCCGGUUUGCUGGCAGCAGCAGUGAUUGGAUAUGAUGCCUUUGGCAUAAUCAAAUGCAUAAAAAAUCUGAAACAGAAGGGGAGACUGUUAGUAAGUAUCAGCUCCAACAUACCUAAAUAA